GACGGAGCGGUGUCACGUGAUCACCUGGCGGCUUCUCCCUGUGAAGCGUCGCCAUGGUGACGAGCCGAGCGUCUACACUACGGCGGCCGCUAGAGGACAUUACAGACUGAAGCGCUCACCUGGAGCCUGACAGUCCUCCGCCACCCGGGGUGCAGAUAUGGAUGUGCCGGAGGGGCCCCUUCCCGAUUCCUUUUCUCCAGAAAAAGAAGUUAUAAAUACCGAAAGGACAGAAAAUGGCACAACUCCAAGUUCACCAUCUGAAACUUUAACACCAUCACAUCCUCAGGAGGCUCAACACGAGCUGGGAGCGGAGACAACCCAACAGGAGAACCUUGUAGUUGCUUCGGAGGAACAUGGUGACCUGUCUUCCAGGACAGAUGGAGAAAAAUCAUCGAAUCGAGAGGAAAGAAGAUCACCACCACUGUCCGAAAAUACAUCCAUUGAUAAAGCUCAGGUGGAAGACACUGAAAGUCUAGGAGCCUUGCAAGAUGGCAAUGAUAUAUCUAAUCAUGAAAAUAGGGAGACUGUACUUUUGGAAAACUCCUUAGAAGGAUCUCUUCAUCUGGAAAAAGAACCUGCGGUUGAAUCGGGACCAGUGCAUGAGCCGAACCUCGAAGCCACUGAUUCGGUUGAUAAAUUCUCUGACCCCACGAUUGGGACCAACGAUGGUCAAACCAACUUUGCUUUGGACUCCAACUCAAUACAAUCAACUGAUACGUCCGAAGAAGGUGCAGUCGUAAAUUCUGCUGAAGAACAUGGUGAAAAUGAUGCAAGUAAUAUUACAGAAGCUAUGGGCAGGGACGAUGCAGAUGACCAUACUGAAUCUGUGCAGAAGGAAACGGCACAAGCCAAAGAAAGUACUGAGGAAGAUGAAAGAACACGUUCUCCUGAAGAUGUCAAGAAAGAGGAAACCACCGGAGGAGAAACCAUACAGUCCGCUAAACAUGAGGCGGUUUAUACACAAGAAAGCAUCAACGAUGAUGUCACCAAACCAGUCACCGACCAGGAGACUAUCACUGAAAGACCAUUGCAGCCCCCUGCACAGGGGAUGAACGGUGGUAAGGUUCUGAUCACUGAGGUAAGUCACCCAGCGGACGCCGCGCCUCCCACGCCUCCGGUCUACGAGGAUCCCUUCGAUCGUUCUCUGAAGUACAUGGAGAAACACAACAUCCUGCAAAUAUUCCAGGAGAUCACUGAAGAUAUUGUGUUCGAAAAACCAGAGGAUCCACUAGGGUUUAUGCUCGAAAAGGUCCAGUCUAUGAUUGCCAGCAAGAAAGAGCAAUAAUGACCCCGCCCCCGCGGAGCCAGCUGAGAAGAAAUACCUACAUGUUAACCAUUAGGAUCAAUGGCAUCUGUUAUAAAGGAGCAUGUAGCAGUACUAUGGUUGAGAGGCUGUUCUAAUCACUGCUGGUACUAACCUUCCCGGACUCACAAUAACUUUACCCCAAACUAUGUAUUGGCCUCAUCCUUCUAUCCAAAGCUGGGGACCCCCACGAUCUCCGUGCUGCACCCGGCGUUCAUUUACACCGUAGGGUUCAGCGCCGGAGGCUCGUGACGUCAUGACCAUGCCCCGCUCGUCACGUCACGUCCAC